AUGUCAGGUUCUUUUUGGAAGUUUGGUCAGGACUACUCUUCUGAGUCGUCCGUCUCCAAAAUUUUAAAUAGAGCAUUUAUAAAGAUUCAUAAAGAAGGUGUUGAUGAUGAGGAAUCUAAUAUCAGUCAGCAAGUUACCAAAACAGCCAGUGAUACUGGUAGUAACGUUUAUUCCGAAAAUUCCGAUAUGGAACCGGAACAAGAUAGUGAAAAAGAGAACGAUACCACAAUUGUAAAGCUACCUGACCAAGAGGAAGAAUAUGAGAAUUAUGAACCGAACUUAGAUGUUCUGGACGAAUUAUUAGACGAUGAAGAAAUGUAUACAGAGUUGAUGUGUUCGAAUUUUCAGUUGUUGAUAUAUUUGAAAUACCCACAAGUAUUAGACAAACUGAUAGAUUAUAUAAUUACAGAACAUAAAAGGAAUAAGAAAAACAAAUUAAAGACUGACGAUGACAAUGACGGUGACAAAACAACAGAAAUAUUCAAAACCGAUGAGCAACAGAAACAGGAAGAAGAGGAGGAACGAGAAAAUGGUGAAGAAACUGAGGAAGAUGCUGUUAUCAGAAGAGCAAAUAUGGCUGCUGAAGUUUUGUCUGCUGAUGUAUGGCAAAUAUCAACAGCCCUUACCGAAAGACCUGAAAUCUUAAAUAAACUAUGGUCUGUCGUGAAGAAAAAAGAACCAAUAUCUACAGAUAUAUCUACCUAUUUCAUGAAAGUCAAUGAACGUUUGUUGGACACAGACAUGACGUCAAUGAUUAAUUUUAUCAAAGAUCAACAGAUUUUGGUCGACAAAUGUCUAUUGCAUAUCACAAAUCCUCCUUUAAUGGAUUUCUUGUUGAAAGUCAUAUCAACUGAUAAACCAGAAGAACCUAAUGGUGUUUUACAUAAAUUGAAGCAAGAAGAAUUCAUACCGAAGCUGUUAAAGAAAUUAGGACCUGAUUGUGAUGCCACCAUACAGUGUGCUGCAGCAGAUUUCCUUAAGGCUUUUAUAGCUAUCAGUGGAAAUUGUAUAGAUGAGGUUGCUUCUGGAAUUGGUCCGAAUGAGUUGACUAGAGAACUUGCAUCACACAAAAUAAUGAGUGAACUGAUCGCUAAUAUGCUAAAAGGUGGUACAUGUUUGAGUAAUGGUGUUGGAAUUAUAAUCGAACUGAUCAGAAAAAACAAUUCUGAUUAUGAUUACAUUCAAGUUAUGCAUACAACAAUUGAAACCCAACCUCCAAAUGCUCGUGACCCUAUCUAUUUGGGUCAUAUGUUAAAGCUUUUCGCUGAGAAUAUACAUGCAUUCAAUGACAUAUUGGUGGAAACAACCACACCUAUUUUGGAUACCUCGUUUGGAAGAAUUGAACCUGUUGGAUUUGAAAGAUUUAAGAUCUGUGAGUUGGUUGCAGAAUUAUUGCAUUGUUCGAACAUGAGUCUUUUGAAUGAGAAGAAAGCACCUCAAAUCAUUGAGGCGCGUGACAAUGCUAGGGAGGCCUUAUUAAAAAAACAAUUGGAAGAAGGAUGUUCACCAGAUGGUGAAGAAAUGACUUCCCAACUCAACUCUUUACAACUCAAUAGUAGCCAAUCAAUGGAUCAAGAUGAUGUCACACAAGAGACUAUAGAAGAAUCUGAUGUCAUUGACGAUUCUGAUGAAGCAAUGAAGGAAUUAAGAGAAAAUCCUGUUGUCGGUGACGAAUUGAAAAUUGCGUUAUCUGAUACACAGAUUAUUACUACAAUUCUUGAGAUGCUGUUCCAUUUUAAAUGGAACAACUUCCUGCACAAUGUUGUAUUUGAUAUCAUCCAACAAGUGUUCAACGGCCCAUUAAAGAUAUCGUACAACAAAUUUUUGAUAAGAGACUUAUUAGUUAAUGCUGAAAUCACAAAACUGAUCAUAAAUGGUGAUCAAGAAAGCAAUACACAAGAGGAAGAGAAUCACACCAGAUUAGGUUAUAUGGGUCAUCUAACAUUAGUCGCUGAAGAAAUAGUGAAAUUUUCGAUCUAUCUGGAUGAAUUAAAAUUAACUUUCGUGAUGCCUACCAUUGCCGAAUCUCUUGCAGGUGACCAAUGGAAGGAAUACGUGAAUACCACUUUAAUGGCUACAAGAGAAAAAUAUGACAUGGUCUUGGGUGAAGUAGUAGAUGAAAAUGGUGAAAUAAUCAACGAUAUGGAUAAUCUCGAAGAAAAUGAAUAUGACCAACCUGAUGAAAACCUCGAUGAACACAUUGAAAACGAAAAUACUGGAAACCUUGAUGAAAGUAUACAGGAAGAUGACGAUCAUGAUGAUAUAGAUGUCGAUGCAGAUGACUCUUUUGAAGAUAUGUAUGAAACUGAACAAGAAGAAAAAGUUAUAGACGAUAUUGGAGCAGAGAAUGAGGAUAGCCGAUUUGACAAGUACAUGUCUGAUGAGCUGGGGCAUACAACCACUACUGGUAGUGCCAAAAGAACCAAAGAUGAUCAUGGACCCGAGUACCUGGAUGUAGAAACCAAUCACAACAAUUCAGAUGGUAAUAAAUCAGAUUCAAAAUCGUUUUUGAUAAAUGGACUACGGAAACGCUCACAUCCAGCUUCUCCAGAAUUACACGACGAAGAUAUAUUCCAACAACAAUACAACCCAGCAUAUAGAAAAAGUAAUAGUGAUGAUGAAGACUAUGAUCAGAACGAGAACUCCAGUAAUAGUAGUAGUGAUAGUAACAGCAGCAGUGCAAGUAGUAGCAGUGGUAGUAGUACCAGUAAUGAUAAUAGCGCAGAUAAUAGUGCCAAUAACAGUGAUAACGAAGAAGAAAUACCAGCGUCUAGCGAUACUGAUUUACACCGUGUUGCAAAUGUUGCGUACUCACAAGUUUUGUCUCCAUUCGAGGAUGAUGAACUUAGUGACGACAGUGAUGCUGAACUUGAAGAAAAUCUCGACAACGAAUAUGCUUACAACAGCAACGACGAAGAUGAAGAUGAAGACGAGGAUGUCAAUGACGACUAUGAGGCCUAUUCAUUGUGCCGGUCUACCAGCAAAGAGAACGUGCUAUGGAAAGAUGAUGAUCCGACAAGAACCUCUGAGAGGCGAUGA